AUGGGGAUACCGAUUCUUGUAUCUCACUUGCCAGAUAGGUAUUAUAAGAAAUGCGAUGAAGCCUUCUCCAGAAAAGAACUUUCCAAAAAAGUGUACUGGACUGAAAUGGUUAAAAUUACUAUAGAUGUGAUGAGAAAGUUGUGUGAUCAAGUAAAUGCUUAUCUUAGGAUAAAAAGUGGGACAUCUUAUCUAAAGAUAGCAUAUAAAGAGGUAUUAUUUCCUGUCUGCUUUACUGGUAAAAAGAAAGAGAAGAUUAUGAGAGAGGCUAUAGAUAUAAAUAAUAUGCGUUCAAUUCACGAAAUUGUUGAAGAUACUCUUAGAGAAGCCUAG